AUGAUUUCGAGCUCCCAGGGAUACCGAGUUGCACCCGGCGUGGCGCCUGCUACAUUGCGCCCCAUCGAGCGGAUGAUGUCCAUGCCGACGUGCAAAUAUGCCUCGCAAGCAUCUCCAAAGCCACUGCAUCGAGCAGUGGUCGCCCCGGCGCAUCCCGGCGCCGAUGCCACGGCUCGAUCGAAUUUGCCACCCUCUGCUGCGACGGCAAACUGGGUGGCGUAUCCAAGUCCUCGCGUCGCAGCGCACCCGGCGCUCUCGUCCACUGCCAGGUCGCAGCUCGUCCAUCCGAUGGUCUCGCCUCGGAUACCAGAGGUGUCCGUCGCCGUGGACAUGUUGAGCCGCUCCCGAGAGGCCUUCAUCGUCUGCAGCGGUUCGGGUCCGGCGCGCUCGACAGUGGCAGCAGGUCACUUCGGCGCCUCGCCCCCGACCUCGCCGCGCUUCGAUGCCCCACAACCACAGUCGCCCAGGUUGACGGCGCAUGCUCGGCCAGGCUCGCAGCUCCAGGCGCCACGGCCUUCGCCUUUGGCGGGGCCUUCCGGGCCUUCGCUCUGGGAGCAGCACCAUCAGCAGGCCCUGAGGCAAAUGCGUCGUGGAGCGCUUGCUGAGGGCCCGUUGCCAUCACAAAGCCGGCUGAUUCCAGGUGGAGCUCAACGGCAACCUGCCCGAGAGAGCAAAGCCACCGUCGCACACGUGCAGGUUGCGCAACCGACAGACUUGUUGGCUCCUUGCGAGACAAUGACUGCAACGACCGCGACGGCGAUGACGGCGACGACAGCUUCUCUGCCUAGCCGCAGCGAGCAUCUGCCCGCAUCCAUGACUCAAGCAAUGGAAACCGUGACCCUGCAGCCAGAAGUGCCAGAUGUGCAGCCACAAGCGCCAGCAGACACGGCACCGACGGCACCGAUUAUUCGGGAAGCACGAGUGGGCUCGGGUCCGCAGCCAGCACGGCAGCAGCAGACACGAUGCCAAGCACCGCCAGGGAACUCUACAGACACAGCUGCAGCCUGUCGUUACGAAGCGCAGCCGACGGCAAAAGCAAAGGAGCUCUCAGUCUCGGGGCCAAAGGCCGCCCCGAGGGUAUUAGCUGCGUCGCCUUCGCCCACAUCGGAGCAAACAGGAGCCGCAAUAGGCACCAAGAGCCUCAGCUGCCCCAGCUCGGAGUCGGAGCAUACGCGGAAACAGGAGGACGGUGAGACUCAGGGUGCUGGACGUGAGACGUUUGACUCUCCCCGGGACGCCUGCUACACAAGCUGCAAGGCGGCCCCGGCAGAGCCGCUCCUGGUGCGUUUGGCCUUCCUCGAGGCACAGGCCUCAGAUCGCCGCUCAGACAGCACGUAA